CCUUUAAAGCAGCAUUUCAGUAUAGAGGGAGCCAGGCAGGCACUGCAGGACUAGGACGGCUUGAGCAAGGAAGCGGAGGGACUUUGCAGAGCCCAGUAUCCCCAAUUGAUAUGGUCUCACUUUCUCUGCUGCAGCUCGGGUCCCCUGAGGUACAGCAGUGUCAGCAUCCUCAGCGGUGUUAAAGAUGGCUGAAAGCACAGACAUGUCGCUCCUUCAGGAGGCCUUCAGGAAGUUUUCCAUCCAUGGAGACACCAAGGCCACUGGCAAGGAACUGAACGGCAAGAACUGGGCCAAGCUGUGCAAGGACUGUAAAAUCAUUGACGGCAAAUCUGUCACCAGCACCGACGUAGAUAUCGUCUUCUCCAAAGUGAAAGCUAAGACUGCCCGCGUGAUCACCUUCGAGGAGUUCAAGAAGGCUCUGGUGGAGCUGGGACCAAAGAGGUUCAAAGGGAAGAGCGAAGAGGAGGCUGUGAGCUCCAUAUACAAGCUGAUUGAAGGCAAGGAGCCUGCCAACGUGGGGGUCACGAAAAUCACAAAGAAGGGUGGAGUGGACAGGCUGACGGACGCGUCCAAAUACACAGGAUCACACAAGGAGCGGUUUGACAAGAGCGGCAAAGGAAAAGGCAAAGGGGGCCGAGAGGACCUGGUUGAAAACACUGGAUAUGUGAGCUCAUACAAGAACGCCGGCACUUACGAUGAAAAACUGCAGGAAAAAUAGCCUGGGGCCCUCAUCAUCCAGCCACUGCCAUUUGUGUCAAAAUCUGCAGUAACACUUAUUAACAGAUGCAUUAUUAUUAUUAUUAUUAUUAUUAUUAUUAUUAUUAUUAUUAUUAUAACUUCAGAUAAUCUGUUAUAGAGGAAGGGACAGGUUUACUGAGCUUCUGCUCCUGUGCAAUCUUUUAUCCUAGAUUAAAUCAAUGUUUAUGGCACCACCAUAUCUAUGCUUUAUAAUGGAUAUGGCACUGCCAUAAUUUUGAUUUAAUUCAGGCCUAUGACAUGGAUGGGCAAUUUAUCAACCAGCUCUUUGUGCCAACCAUGUUCUUAAUUGUUUAAUUCAAGGGUGUCCAAUCACAGUCCUGGAGGGCCAUUCCACUCCAGGUUUAACAGGUAACAUGAGAUCAUUAGCUGCGUCAGGGUCUGGAUGGAAUGGAUGCAAUUUAGAAUAGGGGUGGAACAAAGACCAGGAGUGGAAGAGCCAACUCUGGACACCCCUGGUUUGAUUGAACCAAUUAAACCCCCAUCCAGGACCUCAAGCUGUUUAUUAUAAGAACGGCCCAUUCGAGACUGAAGUUGUUCAUUUUUAAAUAAAUGAACACUAUUAGGAAACCAGCCAUUUGCAUGUAAAACCCUUCCAUUGAACGCUGUGUGUGUCACCACAAGCUCAGUAAACCUGGCUGGAAUACGUCUUAAAGGGUUUAAGAUGAUUUCUUUGUUUUGUUUUUCCGAGAUGCACAGAACUCCUCGGUGCCUCUCAAUGUAACGUUCUUACCAAACCUUAAAUGGUUUUCAGCUUUGCGGUAUAUUUCUGUUGCCAGCCAGUCGAUAGUACAGUAAUUGGAACUAGCACGAUAAUGAGGAGCUCUGUUUUGCGUUUAAGCACUCUCUUUUUGACUCUCAUAUCUGCUUUAAAACGCUGACAGACUGGGAGGAGGGGGGCGUCUGGCAAGUCAGUACAUCACAAUCAAGAAAUUAGAAUUUGGCUUUGAUCAUAAAUGAAUGAAGAAAUCAUGUUGCAUCAAAUUCUAGAGCUGAACAUUUGAAGUAAAACCAUGAAAUGAGAGAAAUUAGAGAACUAUCACCCUACAGCAGCUUCAAUGAUUGCUGGAUAACUGGUUAAUCACUAAAGGUCUGACUGGGGGGCACUCAUUCUUCUUUAUCUCAGAAUGGGAUGUCCAGGUGCUACAACUGUUGCCUGUUUUUGUUUAUUUUGACAUUUUAAAAGUGAUAAAACCGUUGCCACAAGGAUUGCAGCACAUGUCAUAGAAAAAGACAUAUUUACUGUACAUACACAAAGAGUAGAUGGCAAACGUAGUUGUGAUUGAAAUGGAGUUUGCGUUAUCCUUCCAAACAUACCAUAAACAAGAUUGGAGUGGAAAGGAGUGGCUUUCAACCUGAAUCCAGGAGACAAUGAAACCGUUUGAGGCAACUUUGCUGUAUCAAACUUGACGUCCCUCCUGGUGUGCCGUGCAGUGGCCUGAAACCUAGUCUCCU